GCCAAGAUGGCCGACCUGGAGGCGGUGCUGGCCGAUGUGAGCUACCUGAUGGCCAUGGAGAAGAGCAAGGCCACGCCGGCCGCGCGCGCCAGCAAGAAGAUCCUGCUUCCAGAGCCCAGCAUUCGCAGCGUCAUGCAGAAGUACUUAGAGGACCGAGGAGAGGUGACUUUUGAAAAGAUCUUCUCACAGAAGUUAGGGUACCUGCUUUUCCGAGAUUUCUGCCUGAACUAUCUGGAAGAGGCCAAGCCCCUGGUGGAGUUCUAUGAAGAGAUCAAGAAAUAUGAGAAGCUGGAGACAGAGGAGGAGCGUGUGGUCCGUAGCCGUGAGAUCUUUGACUCCUAUAUCAUGAAAGAACUCCUGGCCUGCUCACAUCCCUUUUCAAAGAAUGCUACCGAGCAUGUCCAGGGCCACCUGGUGAAGAAGCAGGUGCCUCCAGAUCUCUUCCAGCCAUACAUUGAGGAGAUUUGUCAGAACCUCCGAGGGGAUGUGUUCCAGAAGUUCAUUGAGAGUGACAAGUUCACACGAUUUUGCCAGUGGAAGAAUGUAGAGCUCAACAUCCACCUGACCAUGAACGACUUCAGUGUGCAUCGCAUCAUCGGGCGUGGGGGCUUCGGUGAGGUCUAUGGGUGCCGGAAAGCAGACACAGGCAAGAUGUAUGCCAUGAAGUGUCUGGACAAGAAACGCAUCAAGAUGAAGCAGGGAGAGACCCUGGCUCUGAACGAGAGGAUCAUGCUUUCCCUCGUCAGCACCGGGGACUGCCCCUUCAUCGUGUGCAUGUCAUACGCAUUCCACACACCAGACAAGCUCAGUUUCAUCCUGGAUCUCAUGAACGGUGGGGACCUGCACUACCACCUGUCUCAGCAUGGAGUCUUCUCGGAGGCCGACAUGCGCUUCUACGCAGCUGAGAUAAUCCUGGGGCUUGAACACAUGCACAACCGUUUUGUAGUCUACAGGGACCUGAAGCCAGCCAACAUUCUCCUGGACGAGCAUGGCCAUGUGAGAAUCUCAGACCUGGGCCUAGCUUGCGACUUCUCCAAGAAGAAGCCCCAUGCCAGUGUGGGCACGCACGGGUACAUGGCCCCCGAAGUCCUACAGAAGGGCGUGGCCUAUGACAGCAGUGCUGACUGGUUCUCUCUGGGUUGCAUGCUCUUCAAGUUGUUGCGGGGACACAGCCCCUUUCGGCAGCACAAGACCAAAGACAAGCAUGAGAUUGAUCGCAUGACAUUGACAAUGGCUGUCGAGCUGCCUGACUCCUUCUCCCCUGAACUGCGGUCCCUGCUGGAAGGUUUGCUGCAGAGGGAUGUCAAUCGGAGGCUAGGCUGUCUGGGCCGUGGGGCUCAGGAAGUAAAAGAAAGCCCGUUUUUCCGCUCACUGGACUGGCAGAUGGUCUUCUUACAGAAGUACCCGCCCCCACUGAUCCCCCCACGUGGGGAGGUGAAUGCAGCUGAUGCUUUUGACAUUGGCUCCUUUGAUGAGGAGGACACAAAAGGAAUCAAGUUACUGGACAGUGACCAGGAACUGUACCGCAACUUUCCUCUCACCAUCUCGGAGCGGUGGCAGCAGGAGGUGGCAGAGACUGUUUUUGACACCAUCAAUGCUGAGACAGAUCGGCUGGAGGCACGAAAGAAAGCCAAAAACAAGCAGCUGGGCCAUGAGGAGGACUAUGCUCUGGGUAAGGACUGCAUCAUGCAUGGCUACAUGUCCAAGAUGGGCAAUCCCUUCCUGACCCAGUGGCAGCGGCGGUACUUCUACCUGUUCCCCAACCGACUUGAGUGGCGGGGUGAAGGCGAGGCUCCGCAGAGCCUCCUGACCAUGGAAGAGAUCCAGUCAGUGGAAGAGACGCAGAUCAAAGAGCGCAAAUGUCUCCUCCUUAAAAUCCGUGGAGGCAAGCAGUUUGUCCUGCAGUGUGAUAGUGACCCUGAGCUGGUGCAAUGGAAAAAAGAGCUGCGUGAUGCCUACCGUGAGGCCCAGCAGCUGGUGCAGCGAGUGCCCAAGAUGAAGAACAAGCCACGCUCACCUGUGGUGGAGCUGAGCAAAGUGCCGCUGAUCCAGCGUGGCAGUGCCAACGGCCUCUGA